GGUGGGAAUCGACCGAGACCGGAGAGAAAGGAGAGGGGUUGCGGUGGAGAGGUUGUGUCAAAGCGUUUUACAGCACAGGAAGUGAUUGCAGGACCCAAAAGGAAUAAACACAACAUCUUCACCAGACCUGCACAGAGCUGGCACGGAGUCCCCACGUUUGGGGCCAGUCAAUAUGGCAGACAUGUCUGUUGAGGACAUACAGGUCCGAGCAAACCAGGUGACCGAUGAGUCCCUGGAGAGUACCAGGAGGAUGCUGCAGCUGGCGGAGGAGAGCAGGGAUGCUGGUGGCAAGACUAUGAUCAUGCUGGAUGAGCAGGGAGAACAACUGAGGCACAUUGAUGAAGGGCUGGAUCAGAUCAACCAGGAUAUGAGGGAGGCGGAGAAAAACCUAACUGACCUCACCAAAUGCUGUGGCCUGUGUGUGUGUCCUUGCAGUAGGGUGAAGAACUUCGAGAUGGGGGAUUCAUACAAGAAAGCCUGGGGUAGCGAUGCUGAUGGGAACACUGGCAGAGUUGUCUCCAAUCAGCCAGGCAACAUCCAGAAUCACCAUGAGAUGGUCAGAAGGGGCGGCGAAGGAGAAGGCUACGUUACCAGGAUAACCAAUGACGCUCGAGAGGAUGAAAUGGAAGAAAACCUGCAGCAAGUGGGCAGUAUCAUUGGAAACCUGAAAAAUAUGGCCAUCGACAUGGGCAAUGAAAUCGAUGCCCAGAACAAAAAGAUUGACUCCAUUUCUGGGAAGGCUGAUACUAACAUAGCUCGGAUUGAUGAAGCCAACCAGAGAGCAAACAAACUCAUCCAGAAUUAAUGUGGAGCUGAACUCCAGACUUAGCCUUGAAUGUACAGCUUCACCUACAGUCUGAUUUCUGCAUCCCUUUCCAUGGGAGUCACUGUGCCUUCCUAUGCCUUUUUGCAUCUCCCAACAAGCUAAAUCUUUGAAUUAGGGUAGGAUCUGAAUUGGUGCCAAGUGACUCCUGGUAUUUUUUUAAAUCAGUGUACAGUCUCCAAAGCUGAGCUCUGGAGUCAUUCAGAGCUGUAUCCAAAGUGACUUAUUUCCACCCCAGUGGCCUUAAGUUUAAGUGGCUUUUGGUAGCACUUCAAUCGUUGUACAUGCCCAGCACCUGUUUUUUAUGUCUAUUGAUGGAAUGACUGGAGGGCUAACUGUAGAGGUUAAAACUGGGACCUAUGGGCAGUUCAAAUGAGCAAUAUCUGGGAGACCUGAUCUCUUUCUCAGUCCCAGUUUACAGACUGCUUCAUCUAAUCUCUCCUCUUCCUCGUUUCCCCCCCCCCCCCCCCACCCCACCCCACCCAACCCAACCCAACACCACCACCACCACCACCAGGUUAUCUUAAACUGGAGUUUGCGCUUUCAGACAAAAGCUACAUUGGCCAAAGGAAUCCCAGAGAGUAGAAUUGCUUUGGAGGGAUGAGAAUGAAUAGUUUGGUUGUAUAUGACCUAGCAUGGUGCUUUUCCUACAGGGCAAUGUGUAUUUUAAUUCUGCCCCAAAAUUCUUCCUGGGAAGGAAGAAACAGUGAUAUGAUGAGUCCGCUGGAUCUCGGACAUUGAGAGAAUAGUGACUUUUGGUGGGGAAUUGAACAGGAGCUGCUGCUUUUUAUCAAACCACCAGGCCCUGGACCUUUCCAUCAAACCCUAAACUCUCCUCAUGGCUUUGGUCUUCCUAUUCACCCUGAUCAUAGAUUUUCCUGUCAAAACUCAAAGUGCAUAGGCCCCAUUGACUGACUGUUAAUCUCUCACGGUCUUUUCCCCCCAGCCCGUUCUGGGCCUUGCUGUCAACUGUAAACUGCUGGUUAUUUGGCCUUCCUAUCUGCCUUGGACGUCAGUGUAUGAGUCUGUACCUAGAGCACUGCAGCUGCUGGAUUCUAGCUACCAAUCUACAACCACCUUGUCUUCGUGGCUCAUUCAGGGCUCUGAUUCAGUUAAGUGAAAUAAAAGUGGGAAAUAAGAUGUGAAAUGAUCUGUCCAUGAGGUGGGGGUGAGGGGAGUGUGUGUGUUUGUGUGCGUACUGCUUGGGCAUCUCUUAUCGAGAGUGCUCUCAGCUUCAUGUUAUCACUUGCUAUCAACUACUUGGGUACAGGAAAGAACAUGAUGAGCAGUGGUCAAGACUGCACAAACUAUUUCCAGUGCUUUGGGGCUUGCUGUAAUAUAUAUUGCACAUUUAAUCACUUCUCUAAUAUUGUAAGUAAUGUUUUAUAGAAAUAAUGUGAUUACUAACUGCAACCUGACUGCCUGAAAACAUCAAAUUUCUUUUUCUAAAUAAAUCAUCCUCAAGUCA